CCGUCGUGCCGGGCGGUGCCGGCCCCGCCGCUGCGAUCCGGGUUCCCGGCGGAGGCGGAGCUGCGCAGGGAGGAUCCCGGGACGAGCCGCGGCGCAGCGGCCAUCGCUCGGCAGCGCCCGGCUCCGCACGGCCCGGGCCAGCACGCGGGGCCGGGAUGGCCGCCCGCAUCCUGCACCGGCUGCGGCACGCGCUGGCCGGCGAGGGCGGCCGGGAGGAGCGGGGACACGGCGGCUCCGAGGCCGAGGACUGUCCGGAGAGCUCAGAGCUGGAGGACGACACGGAGGGGCUGUCGACGCGCCUCAGCGGCACCCUGAGCUUCACCAGCCAGGAGGAGGAGGAGGAGGAGGAGGAGGAGGAGGAGGAGGACGAGGGCGCUGCAGAGGAGCUGGGGGAGCCGCCGCAGCCCCCCGGACAGGCUGCGGGUGCAGAGGAUGGAGCGUGGGGCCCCGCGGCCGAGCGCCCCAGCGGCAGCAGCCUGCUGACCCGGCAGCUGCAAGAGCUGUGGCGGAGGUCGCGGGGCAGCCUGGCCCCGCAGCGGCUGCUCUUCGAGGUCACCAGCGCCAGCGUGGUCAACGAGCGCUCCUCCAAGUACGUGCUCUACACCAUCUACCUGAUCCGCUCCGGCCGGUUUGACAAGGCGCCCGCUGCCAUCGCCCGACGCUACUCGGACUUUGAGCGGCUGAACCGCCGCCUGCGCUGCCGCUUCGGCUGCGACAUGGCCGGCGUUGCCUUCCCCAGGAAGAGGCUGCGCCGCAACUUCACUGCCGAGACCAUUGCCAAGCGGAGCCGAGCCUUUGAGCAGUUCCUGUCCCACCUGCACUCCAUUGCCGAGAUCCGCCGCUCCCCCGAAUUCCUCGAGUUCUUCUUCCUGCAGGACUUGCAGGCCGCACAGCGCCUGACCUGCACUGGCAUGUACCGCGAGGCCCUGGCCACCUGGGCCAAUGCCUACCGGCUGCAGGACCGGCUGGGGGUCUGCAGCACUGGCCGCUUCCUCCUGACGCUGGCCGGGCUGGCCGUGUGCCACCAGGAGCUGGAGCAGCUCGGCGAGGCACAUGGCUGCUGCGAGCAGGCGCUGGAGCUGCUGGAGGCGCAGGGCAGCCACCCGCUGCUGGGGCCCUUCCUGCGCGCACACGUGCACCUGGCCUGGAAGGUGGGCAAGGACAAGCGGCGCUCGGAGGCCCGGCUGCAGGGGCUGCGGGAGGCUGAACCACUGCAGCCGCAGCCCACACUGAAGGAGUGUCUGAUCAAGGAGCCACUGGAGUGAGCACUGUGCUGCACUGCGCUGCGCUGGCAGGGAAUGCGUGGGGCUGGUGCCCGGGAGCAGCGUGGGUGACACACGGGUGGGGAGAGGGCAGGAGUGGUGCUGUGCUCCCGUGCGCAGCACAGCCCGCGGCUGCCUGGUAAAUGCACUUUCUCUGCUGUUAGUCUGUCCUGGUGCUCACCGCACACACUGGUGCUGCCGCGAGCCAGCUCCGUCUUCUAGGGUGGCCAGAACUUCAGCUGGGACGUGCCGGCACAGGGGGAGGGACCGGGAGGCUUCUGGCAGCAUCGAGGCUCUUGCCAGGAACUUCCCAUAAAACUUGUAUAAUGUAAUAAAAAGGACUUUAUUAAAUAAAGUCUUGUCAGGAAGAAGA